CCGCUGUAAACAUACAAUAUGGCGGCGGCGGCUGCUCCCGGCGCUCUGGGCGCCUUGAGUGCGGGUCGGGUCCGCCUGGUGGCCGCGUGCUGCGCGCGACUAGGCUCUGCGGCAUGGGCUAGGGGUACCGCCCCGAGGAGGGGCUACAGCUCUGAGGUGAAAACCGAGGAUGAGCUGCGCGUGCGGCACCUGGAGGAGGAGAACCGAGGUGAGCUGCGGGCAGCGCGGGCGAGGCCGCGGAGGUCGGCCCGGCUGCCUCUGAGGCCCGAGGGUACGGUGGCCCUCCGGGUUCAGCCUGCAUGGUGAUGCUGCUCGGUCCUGGGGUCUCUCCAGCCAAGGUCAAUGCGGAGUGUGUAGUACAGGGCCAGGGUUGCAUCUUGCUGUGUAAUAGCUCCCUGUUACCUCAGGCGUCAGUGCGAGAGUUGUAGGAGCUGCAGCGGGGAUGCCUUUUUAUUAUCCGAGAGAAUAUUAAAUUAGAAGCAUCACCCUUUUGCACAUUUUAUCCCGGAGAGUUAGUUUUGGGGGACUGUUGCACCUCACUUAAAGAAUUUUGAACGCUUUAAAAAAAUUUUUUUUUGCCUUGCUGAGCUCCGUGGGGGUAAAUAAUGAGGCUAUUCAUCUUGCCCUUGGGCUUAUUAUCGUGGGAGGAGACAGAUAUAUUAGUGCACAACAGCGGGUGGAAGGCUAUGAGAAGGUAAGAUGCAGAGGAAUAUCGAGUUUCUUAACUAUAGUGAUGGAGGAGGUGGAAUGAGGUAUAGCCCAGGAAGGGAGGACCACUCUGCAUUUUGACAUACAUUUAUAGGAUGCUGUAAUCUGUUAAGAAGACGCGGAAAAUAAGUCAGAAUGGCUGUCUCCUUAGAAGCUCUCCUGUGUAUUGAAGGUCAGAUGAUGCUUGCUUCAAGGCUUGUUGAGAACCCCGAAAUGCCUGCAGGGUUAAUCUCUCACUGUAUAUCCUAGGCUGCCCUGGAAGUUAAGAUCCCCAGACUUAAAAAGUGCUGGGAUCACAGGGUUGAGCCACAGUGCCUACUCCAAGGCAUUCUGCGGAUGGUGACCCUGGAGACUGACUGUUCUGAUGCAAAGUUCUCUGUGCUCCGCCCAUCGAAUAUAUCAAGCAGAAUCAUGUACUCGAUGAUGGUGCCCUUGUGGAGACGAGAUGAGGUUACUGGGUAUUGACAGUUGAGCAGCCUGUGCGGGGUGCUCAGAAGUAUGGGGAGUCGUUUUGUUUCUUGUUCAUUCAAGCCUUCUGAGACAGUGGAAUGGUCAAGAUGAUGGAGAUGUUUAUUUGGGAAAUUUCGGAAGACAAGUCUGGUGUGACAGAGUUGCAGGAAGCUCAGAUGGGACCUUCUUAAGACAGGCCUGGAAUCAUUAAAGCCCUGAGUGCCAGUCUUUUGGGCAUUGUGGUGCUUGGAAUUAACAGAGCUUAUGGGAAAAAUUCACUCAGUAAAAAUCUUCUCAAAAUGUUAUCAAAAGCGGUGGACGCAUUAAAAUCGGAUAAGAAAGUUCGGACCAUUAUCAUCAGAAGCGAAGUCCCUGGGAUAUUCUGUGCUGGCGCUGACCUUAAGGAAAGAGCCAAGAUGCAUUCCAGUGAAGUCGGUCCCUUUGUCUCCAAGAUCCGAGCAGUGAUCAAUGACAUCGCUAACCUUCCUGUGCCCACCAUCGCUGCCAUAGAUGGCCUGGCCCUAGGAGGGGGCCUGGAGCUGGCUUUAGCGUGUGACAUUCGAGUAGCAGCUUCUUCUGCAAAAAUGGGCCUGGUGGAAACGAAGUUGGCGAUUAUCCCUGGUGGAGGAGGGACACAGAGAUUACCACGUGCCAUCGGGAUGGCCCUGGCAAAGGAGCUCAUCUUCUCUGCACGCGUUCUUGACGGUCAGGAGGCCAAAGCCGUGGGCUUGAUCAGCCACGUGUUAGAACAGAACCAGGAAGGGGAUGCUGCCUACAGGAAGGCGCUGGACCUGGCAAGAGAGUUUCUACCUCAGGGGCCUGUUGCCAUGAGAGUGGCCAAACUAGCAAUUAACCAAGGCAUGGAGGUUGACUUAGUGACAGGGUUAGCCAUAGAAGAAGCCUGCUAUGCUCAGACCAUCUCAACGAAGGACAGACUGGAAGGUCUUCUUGCUUUCAAGGAGAAAAGACCCCCUCGCUACAAGGGAGAGUAGGGGGAGCGCCCGAGACGCCCUCCCUGGAGUGCCAGAAGUGUUUCAGAGCCGCCCCACGCUGCCACGGGGAAUCUCGAUGACCAAAGUGGAGAGUGGGUUCUCACUACACCUGGAGCAGGCCCGUCUAUACUCAAGCCACUGUGCGCCAUGUCCUAUUUAUUCAGAUUUAUAAAGCUAGCCAUGUCCGCAGUCAGAACACAUAAAAAUUAGGUGUAUGUUUUUAAUAUUUCCCGCAUAUCAGGCUUUGUCGUUAAUUUUUUAAUGUGAAUAAUUUAUAUUGCACACUCUAGGGAAUAAUCGAUUGUAUGUCUACUGUGCUGCAUUAAGAAAAUAAAACUAUUUCUGUAUCCCAAAAA